CCGACAGCAGUGUUUACCAAGCACGCACACUGAGCGCACAUUCCGUUGGAAAAACCAUAGAACAUAAUAUAUUUUCAAAAAUGGUUCCCACAAUAAUCAUUCAUGGAGGAGCUGGGGAUAUACCUGACGGCAGGGUGAAAGGCAAGAUUGAUGGUAUGAAGGUAGCUGUAAAAGCAGGCUACGACAUUUUGAUGAAAGGAGGCAGUGCAUUAGAUGCCGUAGAAGCGGCAGUUGUUGCUAUGGAAGAAGAUGAAAAUUUUAAUGCUGGUUAUGGAUCUGUUUUGACUUUGCGAGGAGAAGUUGAAAUGGAAGCUAGUAUAAUGCGUGGAGAAGAUUUGAAUGUGGGUGGAGUAACACUCGUCAAGGAGUUCCUUCAUCCUAUCAGCAUUGCUCAUAAAGUUCUUACGGAUUCACCACAUUCCCUUUUAGGUGGAGAGGGGGCGAAAUUGUUUGCUCUCGAAAAGGGAUUUAAACCAAUUCCCCCAGAAUCAUUGAUCAGCGAUAAUGCAAAACGAGCGCUGGAAAAGUUUUUAAAGCAUGGAGAAUUUGGCAGGACAGAAAUUGGUCCUAACGAUGAGGGUGGAGUAGGAACAGUUGGUGCUGUGGCUAUAGAUUCUCAAGGUCACAUUGCAGCUGCUACAAGUACGGGCGGUAUGAGCGGAAAAGCUGUUGGCAGAAUCGGGGACACACCUCAGAUUGGUAGCGGUACUUACGCUGACGAUCAUAUUGGUGGCGUUUCAACUACAGGACACGGGGAAUCGAUACUGAAAUAUUGCCUGGCCCACACUAUUAUUAAGCUUAUGGAGAAUGGUACCGAUGCAAACACUGCUACGACUGUUGCAGUAAAUGGAAUGACUUCCCGGCUACAUAAUACUGCAGGUGCGAUCACUUUGUCAAAGAAUGGUGAAGUUGGUGUACAUUUCAGCUCAAACAGAAUGUCUUGGGCUUAUAUCAGAGAUGCACAAAUAUUUUACGGCAUCAACCCAGGCGAAAAAUUUUGCGACAAAUAUGAACCUGAGAAGUAACCGUUCAUCAAUUACUAAAAGCCAAAUUGUAAGACUGAAAGAAGUUGUAAUGUGAUCACCAUAAAGUGCGCCUUAAUAUGUUUCGGUAAAGACAUUUUUAUAUCU